AUGGGUUCCGGGUGCUGCUCAGGCGAUAACACCGCCUCUCGUGAAGACCCGUCUCCUGCCGCCGCUGCAGCCAACACUGGCUGCUGUGGCACCACCAACACUGGCCCUGUUGCAAAUGCCGACAAGUCAUGUUCUUCCUCUCUGACUUCGGAGGUUGGCGAGAAGGACAACGGCUGCGAGGAAGGCGGUUCCUGCUGUGGCGAUAAAUUUACCAAGCCAAACCCUGACGCCUGCCAAGACGAUUGCUGCUCUGAUCCAAAGGAGACCAGUCUCGAUAAAAAGGCUUCUGAUAUCUGCAAGGACGGCUGCUGUUCUGUUGAACCCAAGGAGGCCGGUCCCGUCCAACCAGCCCCUGACGCCUGCAAAGACGCCUGCUGCUCUGACCUAAAAGAGACCAUCCUUGACAAGAUGGCUCCCUCGGGCUGCAAGGACGGUUGCUGCUCUGAUCCAAAGGAAACCAGUCUCGUUGAAACGGUCCCCUCAGGCUGCAAGGACAAUUGUUGUUCUUUUGAACCGAAGGAGGUCGUUCCCGUCAAAACAGCCCCUGACGCCUGCAAAGACGGCUGCUGUGGCGAUCAGCCCAAGAACAAUAACAUCAGCGAAGAAACCGCCAAGUCAUGCGAAGACGCCUGCUGCGCCGACGAGAAUGGUGCUCGUUCGACAGAGGAACCAGCUGCUUCUUGCAGUGGUGGAUGCUGUGGUGAUAAGGUCCAGGCAAACACCUGCGAAAGUCAGACGAAGGCUUCCGCAGGCUGCUGUGGCGGCGAGAAAGAUGCUUGCGGCAAUGAGAACCGCUCGCCGAGCAUCAGCUCCGAUGCAACCACUUGCUGCGAAGGUGAGGAGAAGUGUGACGAAAAAUGCAUUUGGGCCGUCGCGGCCAUGGAGUGCGAAAAGGCUUGCGACGAGGAUGCCGAUCACAACGAAGCCGAAGGCCACCACCAUGCCCACGACAAAGACGGCCAACACCUUAACUCCGCUUGUACAUCCCAUCUCCAGAGCGCAAUGAGCCGCUACGAAGCAUACAUCGAACAAGCCCGAUGCAUCUGCCGCAGCAUCCUGAACAGCGGCCUCACCCAGACCUCCUGCUGCGCUGCUCGUAGGGCGGCUGCUCCUCAGGCCAGAAACAAGGAGUCACAAUGCGGAAGCAAAACCGACGGCUUGCCCAUCGCCACCGCAAAGGUGAAAGAGGCCGCGCCCCCUGAUCUCCGCGGAUCACGGGAGAAGCAGAAGGAUCUCGAGGAGUGCUCUGGUAUCGAGAUGGUCGCCGUCGGCGUCAACGGCAUGACUUGUUCAGGCUGCAGCGACAAGUUGACGCGUAUUCUCAAGGCUACUCCGGGUGUCUCUGAAGUCCGUGUCAAUUUCGUCAUGAGUGUUGCCGACUUCAGUGUUGACUUAUCUGUCAACAAAGCCACGGACGUCAUCAAAGCUGCUGAGGGUUCAACUGGAUUUCAGAUAACCCGACUGGCAGGCGGGGACUUUCACCUCGAUGUAUUAGCCUCGGGACUCGCCGCUAGAGCCUUGAUCGACGAGCCAACAGAUGGGAUCAUGGAUGCCAUGAUUCUCGACAAGAAAACCGUAAGGCUAUCUUAUGAUCCAGGUUUUAUCGGCGCCCGCGAUUUGUUUGACAAGAUUCACGAUCGCACUGAGGGCCUCGCGCCACCUCAGGCCGACCCGUCUUUGGCGAGCGGGCGCAAGAGAUUACUCGACCAGCUGCUGAAGACUUGUGUGGCCGCUAUACUUACCAUCCCGGUCGUGGUACUUGCAUGGGGCGACAACCUCGUUGACGACAAGACCAGAGCCUAUGUCUCGAUCGUCCUGGCAACGCUUGUGCAGUUGAUCGCGGUACCCGAGUUUUACAAGCCAGCGCUGUCCGCUCUUGUUUUCAGCCAUGUCCUCGAGAUGGACAUGCUAGUCGUCAUAAGCAUCACAGCAGCAUAUCUAUACUCGAUUGUCGCCUUUAGUUUCCGCAUGGCCAACAAACCGCUGGAAACAACGGAGUUCUUCGAGACCAGUACGCUGCUCAUUACCUUGAUCCUUCUCGGCCGUCUGAUUGCAACAUAUGCCAGGGUCAAGGCUGUUGGAGCCGUGUCCAUGCGAUCUCUGCAGUCCAGCAAUGCGGUACUCGUGGAAGAAGGCAAGGACCGUGAGAUUGAUGCCCGGCUUCUCCAGUAUGGCGACAUAUUCAAGAUUCCGCCGCACAGCCGUGUGGUGACAGACGGGUUUGUGCUCUCAGGCCACAGCGAGGUCGAUGAGUCGAUGCUGACAGGCGAGUCAAUCCCUGUCCCCAAGCAAUCGGGAGACUAUGUCAUUGCUGGAACGGUCAAUGGCGACGGGGUCAUCACCGCACGGCUCACUCGUCUCCCCGGCAAGAACACGGUCACAGAUAUCGCAGAGAUGGUCGAGGAGGCCACCAACUCGAAGCCCAAGAUCCAAGACCUAGCCAACAAGGUGGCCAGCUGGUUUGUGCCAGUAGUGUCUGCCAUUGCUGUCCUUGUCGUCAUCAUCUGGGUUGUGGUCGGUCUUCGUGUACGCAACGAGAAGACCGGCAAGGCGGUUGCUGACGCCAUCACGUAUGCUGUGGCGGUACUUGCUGUCUCUUGUCCCUGUGCUCUCGGCCUCGCCGUUCCCAUGGUCCUUGUCAUUGCAGGCGGCAUCGCUGCUCGAGGUGGUAUCAUUAUCAAGUCAGCAGACUGCACUGAGAGUGCUCGCAAGUGCACUGAUGUCAUCUUUGACAAGACAGGUACCAUCACCGAGGGCGACUUGGACGUCGUGGCCGAGGAGAUUUUUGGUGGUGCCAACGAGGAAGAAGCUCUUGCACUUGCCAAGGCUCUCGUCGCGGGGGGUAAACAUCCCGUGUCAGCAGCGACAGAAAGGCAUCUCGAAAGCCGCGCGGUCCAAUCCCUUGCCGCUGUCAUCGAUGUUCGUGUUGUGCCUGGCGCAGGGGUCGAGACAAGGUUUAAUGGUAGCGUGUUGCGUGCCGGCAACUCACGCUGGACAGAGACGGAGACGCUGCCGGCUGUGAAGAAGCUCGAGGACCAAGGUCUCACGACGCUGGUCGUCACGCGCGACUCGACCCCGCUGGUCGUCUUUGGGCUCCGCACGCAACUUCGUCCUGAGGCUCAGCGGGUCAUUGCUGCGCUCCAAGCUCGCAACAUUACGGUGCAUCUCGUUUCGGGCGACCAGGCUCGCGCGGUGCAGUCGGUCGCAGAAGCGGUGGGCAUCCCGGCAGACAAAGUGGCAGCGGAGAAGACUCCGUCGGAGAAGCGUGACUACGUGGCGGCCGUCAUGGAAGACAAGCGCAAGUACGUCAUAUUCUGCGGAGACGGGACCAACGACGCGGUCGCAGUGGCGCAGGCGCACGUCGGCGCGCAGAUGGGGGGUGCGCUCUCGUCGAGCGACGUGACGCAGGGCGCGGCCGACGUGAUUCUGCUGGCGGGCCUCGACGGGAUUCCGUUCCUCCUCGACGUCAGCCAGGCCUCGUUCAACCGCAUGGUGUUCAACUUUGCAUGGUCGGCGGUGUACAAUGUGCUUGCGAUUCUGCUGGCGGCUGGGGCGUUUGUGCGCAUCCGAAUCGAGCCGGCGUAUGCUGGUCUGGGCGAGAUUGUCAGUGUGCUGCCAGUGAUACUUGCGGCGCUGUCGAUGCUUCUGCUCAACAUUCGCGGCAAGCACCAGCAGUAG